AGAUCGGAAAACGAUAAUCCGCCCGUGCAAGUGACUGCUGUGUCACGUCUACUUUGCAGUGGUGCGAGUAAACAUACUGAUCUCACAGUAAGCGUUGAUGGCUUCACAUACCAACGCGUUCGAUACUUCCAGUGCAGUUCGCAGUGGCAAACACACAUUAAAUCAUUCCCUGUGUCUCUUAUUUCCCAAGGUGUAGGACCCAUGGGCAUGUGA